AUGAGGGUGUGCUCUGGAAAGUGUGCCAUAGCUUAUGGACAAGUCAUUCCUUUGCAUGCAGGACAUGACACUUUGACUUUUGGCCUAAGACAAGAAAUUAGCACUGGUUCCUCAGUGGAUUCAGCUGCUAUCACUACUGGCAGACUGCAAGCAGCACCAGGAAUGAGGUUUAGCAGCACACGUCAUGUGAACAUGGAGCUAAUUGUUAUUGAUUUCUUGGGCAGUUAUGGUAAAGGAGCAUUAAUUAUCGUUAGCACAGUUGCAUUAAUGCUGUUGUACCUAAUCAAUGUGACUUUUGAGGGGAGGAAUCUGUCCUUCAGCGAGGAUGGCUACCAGAUGCAUCCCAAAUUGGUGAUAAUCCUUCUGACCAAGGAGAGGAAAUGGGAGAGGGUAGGAAAGUGGAAAGACAAAAACCUUCAGAUGAAAUACUAUGUAUGGCCUCGUGUGUGUCCUGAGACUGAAGAGCGGGAGGAUGACCACUUGAGCAUUGUCACCCUGGAAGAGGCUCCUUUUGUCAUUGUGGAAAGUGUGGAUCCAUUGAGUGGAACCUGCAUGAGGAAUACAGUUCCCUGCCAGAAACGCAUUGUCACUGAGAACAAAACAGAUGAGGAGCCAGAUUACAUUAAAAAAUGCUGCAAAGGUUUCUGCAUUGACAUCCUCAAGAAAAUAUCUAAAUCUGUGAAGUUCACCUAUGACCUCUACCUAGUUACCAAUGGCAAGCAUGGGAAGAAAAUCAAUGGAACCUGGAAUGGUAUGAUUGGAGAGGUGGUCAUGAAGCGUGCCUACAUGGCAGUGGGAUCCCUUACCAUCAAUGAAGAACGCUCAGAAGUGGUGGACUUUUCUGUCCCCUUCAUAGAGACUGGCAUUAGUGUUAUGGUGUCACGAAGCAAUGGGACUGUCUCACCAUCUGCCUUCUUAGAGCCAUUCAGCGCUGAUGUGUGGGUUAUGAUGUUUGUAAUGCUGCUGAUUGUCUCAGCGGUUGCAGUUUUUGUCUUUGAAUACUUCAGCCCUGUGGGUUAUAACCGGUGCCUUGCUGAUGGCAGAGAGCCAGGCGGUCCCUCUUUCACCAUUGGCAAAGCUAUUUGGUUGCUGUGGGGUCUGGUAUUUAACAACUCUGUACCAGUUCAGAACCCAAAGGGAACAACCAGCAAAAUCAUGGUGUCAGUGUGGGCCUUCUUUGCUGUCAUCUUCUUGGCCAGCUACACUGCCAACUUAGCUGCCUUCAUGAUUCAAGAGGAGUAUGUGGACCAAGUUUCCGGCCUGAGUGACAAAAAGUUCCAGAGACCGAAUGACUUCUCACCACCCUUCCGAUUUGGGACUGUGCCCAAUGGUAGCACAGAGAGGAACAUUCGCAAUAAUUAUCUUGAAAUGCAUACCUACAUGGGGAAAUUCAACCAGAAGGGUGUGGACGAUGCACUGCUCUCUCUGAAGACAGGGAAGCUAGAUGCCUUCAUCUAUGAUGCCGCAGUCCUGAACUAUAUGGCAGGCAGAGAUGAGGGUUGCAAGCUGGUGACUAUUGGUAGUGGAAAGGUAUUUGCUUCUACUGGCUAUGGCAUUGCUAUCCAGAAAGAUUCCGGAUGGAAGCGCCAGGUGGAUCUUGCCAUUCUGCAGCUUUUUGGAGAUGGGGAGAUGGAAGAACUGGAAGCUCUCUGGCUUACUGGCAUUUGCCACAAUGAAAAGAAUGAGGUCAUGAGCAGCCAGCUGGAUAUCGACAACAUGGCAGGUGUCUUCUACAUGCUGGGGGCAGCCAUGGCCCUCAGUCUCAUUACAUUCAUCUGUGAACACCUUUUCUAUUGGCAGUUCCGCCACUGCUUUAUGGGAGUCUGCUCUGGCAAGCCUGGAAUGGUCUUCUCCAUAAGCAGAGGUAUUUACAGUUGCAUCCACGGAGUAGCCAUUGAGGAGCGUCAGUCGGUGAUGAAUUCCCCCACGGCCACUAUGAACAAUACGCAUUCUAAUAUCUUGCGCCUGCUUCGUACUGCCAAGAACAUGGCUAACCUGUCUGGAGUCAAUGGGUCCCCGCAGAGCGCUCUGGACUUCAUCCGCCGCGAGUCAUCCGUCUACGACAUCUCCGAGCAUCGCCGCAGCUUCACCCAUUCUGACUGUAAAUCCUACAACAACCCGCCCUGUGAGGAGAACCUCUUCAGUGACUACAUCAGUGAGGUGGAACGAACUUUUGGCAACCUUCAGCUUAAGGACAGCAACAUGUACCAAGACCACUAUCACCACCACCAUCGGCCCCACAGCAUCGGCAGCGCCAGCUCCAUCGACGGACUGUAUGACUGUGACAACCCCCCCUUCACCACCCAGCCAAGGUCAAUCAGCAAGAAGCCAUUGGACAUUGGCCUGCCGUCGACCAAACAUAACCAGCUCAGCGAUUUGUACGGCAAGUUCUCUUUUAAGAGUGACCGUUUUGGUGGCCAUGAUGACCUGAUCCGCUCGGACGUCUCGGAUAUUUCCACUCACACGGUAACCUAUGGAAACAUUGAAGGCAAUGCCGCCAAGAGGCGAAAGCAGCAGUACAAGGACAGCCUGAAGAAGCGACCGGCUUCCGCCAAGUCUCGGCGAGAAUUUGACGAGAUCGAGCUGGCCUACCGCCGGCGGCCACCCCGCUCCCCGGACCACAAGCGCUACUUCAGGGACAAAGAGGGGCUACGGGACUUCUAUCUGGACCAGUUCCGAACGAAGGAGAAUUCUCCUCACUGGGAGCACGUGGAUCUUACGGAUAUCUACAAGGAACGGGGGGACGACUUCAAGCGGGAUUCAGUCAGCGGGAGCGCUCCCUGCGCCAACAGGUCUCACCACAAGCACGGGACGAGUGACUUUGGAGCCAACGAGCGCAAGCACGUGGUCAGCGGCGUGCCAGCCCCCUGGGAGAAGAACCUGACCAACCUCGACUGGGAAGACAGGUCGGGCGGUAACUUCUGCCGCAGCUGCCCCUCUAAGCUUCACAACUACACCACACCGGUGGUGGGGCAGAACUCCAGUAGGCAGGCCUGCAUCCGGUGUGAGGCCUGCAAGAAAGCGGGCAACCUGUACGACAUCAGUGAGGAUAACUCCCUCCAAGAGCUCGACCAGCCCGCUGCCCCGGUGGCAGUGACGUCGAACGCCCCCGCCACCAAAUACCCUCAGAGCCCGUCGAAUUCCAAGGCACAGAAGAAGAACCGGAACAAGCUCCGCCGGCAGCACUCCUACGACACCUUCGUGGACUUGCAGAAAGAAGAAGCAGCCCUGGCGCCCCGAAGCGUGAGCCUGAAGGACAAGGGCCGUUUCCUGGAAGGGAGCCCCUACGCGCACAUGUUUGAGAUGCCAAGUGGUGAGACCACCUUUGCCAACAACAAGCCCUCAGUGCCCACGGCCGGACACCACCACCACAACAAUCCUGGAGGCGGUGGCUACAUGCUCAGCAAGUCGCUCUACCCUGACCGGGUCACACAAAACCCUUUCAUCCCCACUUUUGGGGAUGACCAGUGCUUGCUCCAUGGCAGCAAAUCCUACUUCUUCAGGCAGCCCACGGUGGCGGGGGGAACGAAAGCCAGGCCGGACUUCCGGGCCAUCGUCACCAACAAGCCAGUGGUCUCAGCCCUUCAUGCGGCUGUGCCAGGCCGUUUCCAGAAGGACAUCUGUAUAGGAAACCAGUCCAACCCCUGUGUGCCUAACAACAAAAACCCCAGGGCUUUCAAUGGCUCCAGCAAUGGGCAUGUUUAUGAGAAACUUUCUAGUAUUGAAUCUGAUGUCUGA